AUGGACUUGCGUCGGUCUCUGCGGUAUAAUAUGGACCUUUCCUCGGCGGUGGCUUCGUAUGUGCCUGGGUCGCUAGAGAUAGAUGAUAUACCUGCUGUGCCAGUGUACAAUAGAGCUACAGGCAAGUUUAGAGUGUUUCUGAGCCCAGAAAGGGGCGGAAGAGGCGAAGGGAGUCCUCAAAGGUCGGAUAGAACAGUACAAGGUACCGAAUAUAGCAGGCUGAGCAGUCUGUCUAGUGAAAUGUUCAAUGGGGCUCAGCUGUUUGAUAAAGCUGAGGCUUUUGAAGGUUCCCUUGGUUCAGCAUUCCAUGGCGCUCUGGGACUACUAUCACUGCUGGAUCAGAGACCGGAAAGAAGAGCAUUCAGUGAAAACCAUGGCUCCAGGAGCUUCUACCAAACGAAACAGCCAUUUGGCUCUUCCCAAACUAUCAGUUCCCACCUGACGCUAGAUCCACGUCAGAACUACCAAGGCAGGUUUUACGAUAAACCAGAUUUACCACCAUUGCCUAAAGCAGCUACGGAAUCGAUUCUGAGUGGUAGUGGCAGUGAACUAUUUUCUUCUGGAUCACAGUCUGGCGAUUCUAGCCUGGAGCCAGAGUUUCUGCCUCGCCAACCACAAAAACCUGCUCUUCAAUCUUUAGAUGAACUCAGUGGAGGGUUCCUUGGACACGUACCUAGAAGGUCUGUCAGUACUAUCAGUACUUGUCGAACUGUGGAGCUGGGAGCGUUCAAUGAUGAGGUGGAUGUGAUGUCUGUGUUGACUAGUAUGGAUAGCAUUGCCAGUGAGGGAUCUUUAUGGAAUGUGCCAACUUCAGAACCUGAACAGUCUAGGCUGGUUACUCCAAAGGUAGAGGAACCUAGACAGAUUGCUCCAAAGCCAGAACAAGCUAGCCCUCCAAAGACACCAAAACCUGCUUCUUCACAGAAAUACAGCUCUUUGCUUUCUAGUCUGCCAAUUGCAAGCAGUCUGCCAGUGCCUAAACCUCCUGCAAAGGAUAUUCCACUUCCAAAGACCAAGAAACUUCCACCAGUUCCAGCACCCAAAACUCCAAGCCCCAAGAAAGUAGCUUUCUGCCUAGAUCUGGGAGCCGAGUACGAUAAAUCCCGUUUUAUGAUACCCAAAGAAUAUAAACUUGAGCCUAAGGCCAAGAAGACAGUCAAACCUAGAGCUGUUUCACAGCCUGAUCCUAUUUUGCAGCCAUUCCAUCCCGUGGCCAAAAGACACUCCCAGCCAAUCCCCGUUUCCAAGCUUUCCCCAGUUUCUCUUCCAGCAUCAUCACCACACCCAGCAUCGCAGCCAACGUCUCCAACCCGUCUGGCUGCCUCCCAACCUGUUCCUUUCAGAACCAACGUACGCAUCAGAGGCCCUAUUUAA